CGCCGAUUAGGAAGUAUCAACAUGGCAGCUUUUUGAGUUUUGAAGGAGCAGACCAGGUGUAAAUAAAGAGAAAUUAAACGCUUUGGAGACGACGACAGCACCGGGGUGUUCGAGGCUGGGACUUACUGGACUUCGGGGGGCAAAAUGUCGAGCGACGGGAACAAAAAACAGUUCUGGAAAAGAAACGCAGCGAAGGUUCCUGGCAGCAUUCAGCAUGUUUACGGUGCACAGCAUCCACCCUUUGACCCCCUGCUUCAUUCAAAUCUAAUGAAAGCAGGCAACAAGCCUCCGGCCACACCGGGCAAACCCAAGAAAGCCACCACCUUCCAGGAGUUUGAGAGCAUCACGAGCGACGCCUGGGAUGUCGGGGACGACGACGACGAGCUGCUGGCCAUGGCUGCACAGAACCUUAAUAUUGAGGUUGUCAUGGAGACGGCAAAUAAGGUGAUUGAGAACCACAGCAAACAGCAGGAGAGGCAGAGGCAAGAUGACACAGCAGACUUGGGUCAUAAAGAGGAGGAUACACAAGAGGACGGGGCAGAGGAGGAGGACGAAGAUGAGGAAGAUGACGAUACCAGAGUGGAGGAAGGGGAUGCAAUAAGCCCAGACGCAUCGUUCGCCUCCCAGAGCAGCACGUACGCCGACAGCCGCCUGGUGAAGUCUCACAGCGAAGCUCCCAUCGGUUCACCCAGAGAUGAAGAAGGUGAGCGCGCCGCCCUCCACAGACAGAGGUCUCUGCCCCACCGGCCGCCCGUCAUCCCACUAGUAGCUCGCAUGGCAGACCAGAACACAUCGGGCACGCCAGCCAUGACCGAGAGGGAAGCGUCGCGUCUGGAUAAGUUCAAACAGUUGUUGGGGGGGCCCAACACAGAUCUAGAGGAACUACGGAAACUCAGCUGGUCUGGAAUCCCACGACAGGUCCGACCAAUAACGUGGAAGCUUCUCUCGGGUUAUCUACCAGCCAAUGCUGAAAGGAGAGAAAGUGUUCUACAAAGAAAGAGACAAGAAUAUUUUGGCUUCAUUCAGCAAUACUACGACUCGCACAAUGAAGAACACCAUCAAGACACCUACAGACAGAUUCACAUUGACAUACCGAGAACUAAUCCUCUUAUUCCUCUUUUUCAACAAGCUUCUGUUCAAGAGAUAUUUGAGCGGAUCCUGUUUAUCUGGGCCAUCCGCCAUCCAGCCAGCGGCUACGUGCAGGGCAUCAACGACCUGGUCACGCCUUUCUUCAUCGUCUUUGUCUUUGAGUACAUCGAGGAGGAAGUGGAAAACUUUGACGUGUCCAGUCUUGAGGAAGAGGCUCUGAGGAACAUUGAGGCUGACAGCUUCUGGUGCAUGAGCAAACUGUUGGACGGCAUCCAGGACAACUAUACAUUUGCUCAGCCAGGCAUUCAGAGGAAAGUCAAGGCCCUGGAGGAGCUGGUCAGCAGAAUUGAUGAGACCGUGCAUCGCCACAUGCAACAUUACGAGGUGGAGUACCUGCAGUUCGCCUUCCGCUGGAUGAACAACCUCCUGAUGAGGGAGCUGCCGCUGCGGUGCACCAUCAGACUGUGGGACACCUAUCAGGCUGAACCAGAAGGUUUUUCUCAUUUCCAUCUCUACGUCUGUGCAGCUUUUUUGGUGAGAUGGAGAAAAGAGAUUCUAGAAGAGCGAGAUUUUCAGGGCUUGAUGAUCCUCCUACAAAACCUCCCCACAAUGCACUGGGGCAAUGAGGAAGUGAGCGUGCUGCUGGCCGAAGCCUACAGGUUGAAGUUCGCCUUUGCUGACGCGCCCAACCACUACAAGAGAUGA